UAUAAUGCAGUACACACGACCAUAUAUGCUGCACCUGGUCGUGAGGAAAAUCAACGGGGUCGGGAUCGUGGUCGGUUCCCUAGUAGCCGUGGAGGAGGCUGAGGUAAUGGCGGCUGAGGGUGCGCCAGUGGUGGAGGUCGAUUCUCGCAAAACCGUACUAACGGCCGAGGGCGUGGACUAUCGCGUGGUGGAUCUCUUUUGCGCCAAAUUUGUUGGAGAUUUAAUCAUGGCAACUAAUUAUAUAUGGUCAAUCCUAAUUGUGCUUAUAGGUAAUUUGUGCAGCAAACGAGAAUAUUGUUGGGCAGCAAGCUGGCUGAGUUUGUGCAGUGCGUCUGGCCUGGAUUGGAGCGGUGAUGAGCAUGAUCCUAAAAAACGUGUCUUUGGUGUAGGCAAGAUGUCAAGGACCAUGCGUCAUGAAAAAUGGACUUCCACGCGCCGUCGUAUGAAAAUGAAGUUGCAAAAUUUCGUUGCAUUACGUUGCAACAAGAAUUCUGUAGCAGCUGUUAGCAAUGUCAUUUUCAUUGCAAAUUCCCGUAGCAAAUACUUGCAACGACAGUUUCUGUUGCAAUUCUCCGAUGCAAUGCUAAUGCAACGGAAUGUCCGUUGCAAACAGGAAUCUGCAACAAUGGUUUUUGCAACGGCAGAUGUGCAACAAAAUGUUCAUUGCAAUUGGCCAUCAGCAAGGAAUACUAUGAAUAUUGCAACGGAUUUUGCCGUUGCAAUUCAGGCCAUUUCUUGUAGUAAGCUUAUAUGCAUAGAGAAAUACGUCAUCGGCUGACUUUUAAAAUUAAAAAUAGCUCAUAAGCAGUUUUGACCAGCUUAUAAGCAGAGAGAAAUACUAAGAUAUUAUUGAAAUUUUUAAAAAUGUACGUCAUUUCAAAAUAAUUCAAAAGUAAAAAUUGAGCAUUAUU